ACGAGCAUUGGAGAUGAUUUCGUAAAGUUCUUAAAGAAGAGAAUAUCGUUAAAUCUUAUUGUCAGGAGCAAAUAGGAUAGGUUUCUCUAGGGCGAGAAUGCUGCUCUCCUCUUCGCGAUCGUUCUUUACAUUCGGCAAUGGCGCGGCAUCGCUGUGCCAGCGGCAUCAGGUCAAAUCCAGCGCCAGGGUAGGCGCGGCGAGUCGCGGCGGCAGGGGCGCGGCGAUCAUCCGAUGCUCGCGCAGCAAGACGGGCAGCGCGUGGCGGAGCAGCAGCGACAAGGAGGAGGCGCGCAAGAUCCUGGAGAGGAGCAAGAAGGAGCUGGGGCCAUACCCUGGCAGGGGCAAGGUCGUGAGGAACAAGGCGCUGGUGCUGGAGCUGGCCAAGGGAUUUAGGGGCAAGAAGGUGCACAGGAUUGCGCGAGAUCGGGUCGCCAAGGCCCUGGAGCACUCGUAUCGCGAUAGGCGGAGGAAGAAGAGAGAUUUCCACAAGCUGUGGAUCACGAGAAUUGGGGCUGCUGCUCGACUCCACGGGCUUGGGUAUAGCGAAUUCAUGCACGGGCUCAAUCGCCAGAAAGUGGAGCUCAAUCGCAAGCUACUGGCAAACAUGGCGAUCUUGGAUCCGGAUUCUUUCAAGAGCCUGGCAGACUCAGUCUCCGCUCUUCCUCCGCUUAAGUCCCCAAUGAUAUGAACUAUAUUCUUUUGCCUCCCAAUGAUCUCUACGAGGGAACGAUUGAACCUCAAAGCAAAACGUUUGAGAGAAAAUCUCGUGUAAACUUACGAAGAAUCAAAAUCAAAACUUCCGGACA